UAAAUACCUUGAAACAUGUUCUUAUUUAUUUAUUAUUUAUUUUUAAAUUUCUAGAAGGCCGGAGGGAGAGGCGCGCAAGAAGCAGGAACAAGCAUUCCACAGUCCGCAGUGAGAUUACAUGCCACCGAGGAGACGACUCAGAGCUGAGAUCAGAUGCGCCGACGAUCUCCAACCCGUUAAGGAAAGGUUCAGCGAUGGCCAUUCUUUGAAAGGCUGCAAGCGACGUAGGUUGACCAUGGAUAUUGAUUAGGAAAAAUAUUUGUGUUUAUUGAACACAGUUGAAAAAAAAAAAACGAUUGGAGUGGGUGGUGGUUUCAUUUCUCAGUUCACACCAGAGGAAGAAUGCUGGCUGGGGGCACUAGAGAUGAAAGGUAAACAAUGAUGUGCUUGGUUUUUAUCUUGAUGUGGAGCACUAUGCAAGACCUGCUCAGAUGGCCUCGUCGCAGGAGAGAUCAUGGCAUUUCAAUGGUAUAUUACCUAGAGGAUGCCUGCUUUCCACACGGUUUUUGGUAAUGCUAUAUAAAGUCCUGUUACAUUAACCAAUACUAUUAGCAAAUGGAUGAAAUCUUGCUGAAGUUUCUGUGAGCCCUGUCAUUCUGGAAAUUGCAAUGACAGAAUGACAGAUGAAACUCCCAUGUUACAUGGAAUACAUAAAUAUUGUAAAGACAACUAAAAACGCUGCUGAACAACUCAUUAAAAUCAACCAGCUACUUGCAGAGUUGACUCGCUCACACCAUAACUCAGCCUCUGUCCAGUUAUUUGUCCAAAUUCACUCUUCCAACUAUCUCAAACCAGACCAUUUUACCCUCUCUAGCACCCUGACUGCAUGUGCCAAUCUUCGCUACGCUGCAUCUGGUAAUCAGCUUCAUGCCUAUUCCAUCCAAACAGGUCUCAAAGCCUAUACACAUGUUGGAAAUACUCUCCUUUCCUUCUAUGCAAAAUCAAAAGACUUAGUUUCUGUGCAACGGGUAUUCAAUGAAAUUGAAAAUCCAGAUGUAUACUCAUGGACAACUCUGUUGUCAGCUUGUACCAAGUUAGGGCAAAUUGGUUAUGCUUGCCACUUAUUCAAUCAAACACCCCGGAUGAUCCCUGUAGUGUGGAAUGCAAUAAUCACAGGAUGUGCAGAGAAUAAGCAUACAGAGAUUGCUUUGAACUUGUUUCGGGAAAUGCACCAAUUGGGUGUUAGACAUGACAAGUAUACUUUUGCUAGUGUUCUCAGCUUGUGUUCUCUGGAGUUGCUGGAUUUUGGAAGGGAGGUGCAUACACUGGUCAUCAAAACUGGGUUUUUGGUUAGAGCUUCUGUUAUUAAUGCUCUGCUUACAAUGUAUUUCAACUCUGGAAAAGUUGCAGAUGCAUAUGAGGUAUUUGAAGAAGCAGAAUCCACAGUACAUGAUGAUAUUACUUUUAAUGUGAUGAUAGGUGGCCUAGCAAGCGUGGGAAGAGAUGAGGAAGCCCUGAUAAUGUUUAAAGAAAUGCAAGAAGCUUGUCUCAGACCCACUGAACUGACUUUUGUUAGUGUUAUGAGCUCAUGUUCAUCUGCAAGAGUUAGCCAUCAAGUACAUGCACAAGCCAUCAAGAUGGGUUUUGAAGCUUGUACUCCUGUAAGUAACGCGGCAAUGACCAUGUACUCCAGUUGUGGGAAUUUACAUGCUGUUCACAUGGUUUUUGACAGACUGGAAGAGAAGGAUCUCAUCUCAUGGAAUAUCAUUAUUAUGAACUAUGCUCAGGGGAAUUUCUAUAGAUUGGCAAUCUUGGCUUUCCUGCAAAUGCAAAGAGCAGGGAUAGAACCAGAUGAGUUCACUAUUGGAAGUCUGUUAGCGAGCUCAGAGUCCUUAGAGAUUGUGAAGAUGUUUCAAGCCCUUGUAUCAAAAAAUGGGUUGAACUCAAAAAUAGAAGUUUCCAAUGCACUUGUUUCUGCUUUCUCUAAGCACGGUCAAAUAGAGCAGGCCUAUCAAGUAUUCAAUAACAUGUCUUCCCCUAAUUUGAUCUCCUGGAAUACAAUAAUUUCUGGGUUCCUGUUUAAUGGAUUUACAUUGCAGGGCUUAGAGCAGUUUUAUGAGUUGUUGAUGUCCACACUCAAACCCAAUGCAUACACUCUCAGCAUUGUUUUGAGCAUUUGUGCUAGCAUUUCAGCCUUGAGACAUGGAAAACAGAUUCAUGGCUAUAUCCUUAGAUCUGGGGUUUUUUCAGUUACAUCUUUGGGAAAUGCUCUCAUUACAAUGUAUGCAAAAUGUGGGGAUUUAGAUUGGUCAUUGAGGAUUUUUAAUGUGAUGAAUGGAAGAGACAUAGUCUCUUGGAAUGCCAUGAUCUCUGCUUAUGCACAGCAUGGGAAAGGAAAAGAAGCUGUCCAUUUUUUCAAGGCAAUGCAAGAUUCAGGUGGAGUGAAACCAGAUCAGGCUACCUUCACAGCAGUUCUUUCAGCUUGUAGUCAUGCAGGCUUAGUUGAUGAUGGAACUAGGAUUUUCAACUCCAUGGUAAAUGAUUACGGUUUUGAGCCUGGAGCAGAUCAUCUUUCUUGUAUUGUUGACCUUCUUGGUCGAGCUGGAUAUCUUGAAGAGGCAGAAAGACUGAUAAACAGUAAGCAUCUGAAAAUAGUUUCCAGUAUCUGGUGGACAUUGUUCAGUGCUUGUGCAGCUCAUGGUAAUUUAAGGCUUGGAAGGAUUGUUGCUGGGUUUCUCCUUGAAAUUGAACAAAAUGAUCCAGCAGUAUAUGUGCUUUUGUCAAAUAUUUAUGCGGCUGCAGGUCAAUGGGAAGAAGCCGCUAACACAAGGGACUUGAUGCAGAAAACCAGGGUGGCGAAGCAACCUGGAUGCAGUUGGAUUGGGUCAUAAGACCUUCUAGAGCAAUUACUAAGUGAGAAUGAGAAGGCAUCUCAGUCUUUUCCAAGAUAUAAGCUGGGUAUCUGGUGAGUAAUGCUCUUGGAACUUCCUUUCAUUCUCUGUUAGGGUUUGUUUCUUCUUUACAUUUUUCUUGACAAACAGAAGAAGAACCAUCACCACUGCCAGAGACAUAAAUUUGUUAAGAGAUCCAUCAUCGGACAAUUCUGGCUAGUUGAUGUCGUGGCAUGGACAUCAUCAUUAUUGGCACUGUCAUCAUGUUUCACCCUUGGCUUCAUUUUCAGCAAGGAGUGGAAGAUGGCCAUGACAGCCGCAGGAAUCAGGCCUUUAACCACCUAACUGAAAUAGGAUAAGCUGUGGCAAGGCCAAAUGAGCAGGCACAAACUGGGGGAGGUAUUUGAUCAAUUUACUGAAGACCUUGAAUUUCAGUUAAGUCUAGAGCCGUUUGUAUUCUAUUCUUAAUACAAAGUCCACAGACUCUAAAUUUCAGUUAGUCUUACUUCACCUAACUCCAUGCUUCUACUCUAUGAAACAGUAAUCAGUUUCAGGAGGCCAGAAACUCGUCCUCAUAGUGUUUAAAGCUUUUUUUUUCCCCUUACUUCAGUGGCUGUGAACCACAGCUUAUUUUCUGCUGACUGUUGCAGGAUGGACAGAGAGUGAAAAUGACAGACCUUACGGUGCCAUUUGGUCUCAAAACUUUUUGAAUUGGGCUUGAAGGUAUGCAGGGAAUUUAGCAUGCGUCUUUCUUCGUACUUCUAGUGAUUGCGAGGAGCUCCCAUGAUGACAUUGCACAUAGAAUGAAAGAAAAGUUGCAACUCUUUCCCUAGCAUUCUUUCUUGCCCACCAUUAUAAUUAUUAUUAUUUUUUUAUUAGAGACAACUAUUCAAAGAAAAAUAAAUGUGAAGAAGGAUGAGAAAUCCUUUUAAUAAAUACAAAAUCCUUUGUAUAAAAAAUAAAUAAAAAAAGGAUAAUUUGUACACAAUAAAAUAAUUAUAAAAAAUAGUUUUUUAUUGAUUAA